AUGCCUGAAAUCAAAGUUGGUGACUACCUCUUCCGCCGUCUUCAUGAGCUCGGCAUCCGCUCAGUCUUUGGCGUUCCAGGAGACUACGAACUCGCUCUUCUGGAUCUCGUCACCGACAACGAUCUCGCCUGGAAAGGCAACCCCAAUGAACUCAUCUCUUCUUACGCUGCAGAUGGCUACGCUCGCGUCCGUGGUGCGGGAGCCUUUGUUACCACCUUUGGGCCUGGUGAACUCUCUGCCUACUGCGGUAUGGCCGGUCACUAUGCGGAAUUUGUUCCUGUUGUACAUAUCGUUGGCUACCCGGCUGUCGAUGCAGUUCGCAACAAGAGAAUCAUGCACCACAGUCUUGGCAACGGAAAGUUCGACAUGUAUGAGAAUAUGGCUAAGAACAUCACUGCUGCAACUGUUGUGAUCAAUUAUGCCCCUACUGCGGCCCAGGAGAUCGAUGAAACGCUUAGCACCAUGAUGCGUGAGAGCCGACCCGUCUAUAUCGGGCUCAGCGUCGAUAUUGCGUACGAAAUGAUCGAUGCCGAGGGCCUCAACGUCCCAAUUCCUAUCAAGCUGCUUCCAAACGAUCCAGCUCUCGAGGAGAGUGUUGUUGAAGAGAUCGAAAGGCUGAUGGAAAGAUCGAGCAAUCCAGCUAUCAUUGUUGAUGGAGGCAAGUCCAAAAGGGCUGUGCGCCACGGUGUACUCAAUGAAUCGCAUGAGCUGAUCAAGUUGACCAACUUCCCAACUUUUACUACCGCCAUGGGCAAAGGAGGUCUUGAUGAAGCCAUUCCCCAGUUCGCUGGUGUCCACUCUGGCGCUGGUACUCUGCCCGCCGUUAGAGAGGCGCUGGAAUCUUCCGAUAUGGUCAUUUGGAUCGGCAACUAUCCAUCUGAUUUCAACACGGGAGAGUUUACCACUGUUGUUAACAAGGAUGCUGUUAUUAUUGACCUCCAAAGAUUCGCUGUUUGGAUCGGCAAGACGCAGUACCCGGUCUCCAUGAAGCUUGUUCUUCAACGCCUCGUGGAUUCGCUUCGUUCGAUGCCAGUUUCCAUGGCUUCACGAUGUGUCACUUGGGACCCAUAUCCAAAGUUCAACUUCCAGGCCAACGACGGCCUCAAGCAAGAUUUCCUCUGGGGCGCACUCAGCUCCUUCUUUCUCCCAGGUGAUGUGAUCAUUGGCGAGACCGGCACCUCCGCUUUUGGUCUGUGCGAUACCAAACUCCCCAGCGGUGUGAUGAUGUUCAACCAGACCGUAUAUGGAAGCAUUGGGUAUGCUACCGGUGCCAUUGUUGGGGUUGGUCAGGCUAUCAAGGAAAGCGAAGGAAAGUGGAAGAGGCCUAUCCUGGUCACUGGAGAAGGCUCCAUGCACCUCACUAUUCAGGCACUGGCAGACAUGCUGCGGUGGGACCUCAAACCAAUCAUAUUCGUGCUCAACAAUGGCGGAUACACAGUUGAGCGUCUGAUCCAUGGCAAGGAAGCCUUUUAUAAUGAGGUCGCAGUUCUGGACUAUUCCAUGCUCGGCAAGACUUUCGGACCCGUAUUCGAAUCCAAGUACCACGGCCCUAUCAAGACUUGCGGGGAGCUAUCACCACUCCUUGAGGACCCCAAGUUUGGCAAUGUAGGCUGCCUUGAGUUGGUCGAACUUGUCUUGCCUCCCCUCGACGCACCCUCUGCUGUCAUCAAGACUGGUGCUGCUAUCGAUGCUUUCAAUAAAGCUAAGGCCAAGGCUGAGCAGGGACCUGGUGGACUCCAGGGUGCUUAA